AUGGCCGCGGCUGUGGUGCUCGGGGGACCUGCGUGCUGGUGGCGCUGGCACAGGCGAGUGCGUGCCGCCCGCGCGGCGAUGGUGUGUUCUAGGGCAAUGGCUUCCAAAACCCCAGUCGGAUUCAUUGGGCUGGGUAACAUGGGAAAUCCAAUGGCAAAAAACCUGUUAAAACAUGGAUAUCCAGUUAUUGCAUAUGAUGUGUUCCCAGAAGCUUGCAAAGAAUUUCAAGACUUGGGUGCUCAGGUAACAGAAUCCCCAGCAGAUGUAGCAGAAAGAGCAGACAGAAUUAUUACCAUGCUGCCUUCUAGUCCCAAUGCAAAAGAAGUUUACACAGGAGCAAAUGGAAUCCUAAAGAAAGUGAAGAAAGGCUCAUUGCUAAUAGAUUCCAGUACUAUAGACCCUUCCGUUUCAAAAGAAUUAGCCAAAGCAGUUGAAAAAAUGGGAGCUGUUUUCAUGGAUGCCCCAGUUUCUGGAGGUGUUGGAGCUGCUCGAGCUGGAAACCUUACUUUCAUGGUUGGUGGAGUGGAACAAGAAUUUAAUGCUGCCAAAGAAUUGCUGACAUGCAUGGGUUCUAAUGUGAUCUACUGUGGAGAGGUUGGAACUGGACAGGCUGCAAAGAUCUGCAACAACAUGCUCUUGGCCAUCAGCAUGAUUGGAACUGCUGAGGCUAUGAAUCUUGGAAUCAGAUUAGGCCUUGACCCAAAGCUGCUGGCCAAAAUCCUAAAUAUGAGCUCAGGUCGCUGUUGGUCAAGCGACACAUACAACCCUGUUCCUGGAGUGAUGGAAGGAGUACCAUCUGCUAAUAAUUAUCAAGGUGGCUUUGGAACAACACUCAUGGCUAAGGAUCUUGGCUUGGCUCAGAUUUCUGCCACCAACACAAAGACACCAGUUCCUUUGGGAUCCCAGGCACAUCAGAUCUACAGGAUGAUGUGUGCAAAAGGCUAUGCCCUGAAAGACUUCUCAGCUGUGUUCCAGUUUUUACGUGAAGAGGAAUCCUUGUGAGUUGUCUUUUGGAAAUGGACACAAACCACAUAUUAUUUUUUUUAUCCUUAUAGCGUGAGAAGUAUAUAUGGGUUUAAUCAAAUACUGUGCAUCCUGAUCCCGUACAGACUAAUCAUCUUUGGUUGUCUAGAACACAAUGAACUCCAUGGUGUUUUUUUUUCAUGAAUCUUGGAAAAGAAGCAAGCCAGAGGAGGAGAUUGUUUGGCAAUUUGCCAAACAGUGAUUUCUUUUUCUUU